AUGGUGACACUCGCUGAGCUGCUGGUGCUCCUGGCUGCCAUCCUGGCCAUGGCCUCGGACUACUUCAUCAGCAUUGACGUGCAUGCAGAGGAGUGCUUCUUUGAGUGGGUCACCUCGGGCACCAAGAUGGGCCUCAUCUUCGAGGUGGCCGAGGGCAUCUUCCUGGGCAUCGACAUGGAGAUUACAGGGCCUGAUAAUAAAGGAAUUUAUAAAGAAGACUGGGAGUCCAGUGGGAAAUACACAUUUGCUGCUCACAUGGAUGGAACAUGUAAGUUUUGUUUCAGCAAUAGGAUGUCCACCAUGACUCCAAAAAUAGUGAUGUUCACCAUUGAUAUUGAGGAGGCGCCCAAAGGACAAAACAUGGAAACAGAAGCUCACCAGAACAAGCUAGAAGAAAUGAUUAAUGAACUCACAGUGGCGAUGACAGCUGUAAAGCAUGAACAGGAAUACAUGGAAGUUCGGGAGAGAAUACACAGAGCAAUCAAUGGCAGAACAAACAGCAGAGUGGUCCUUUGGUCCUUCUUUGAAGCUCUUGUUCUAGUUACCAUGACAUUGGGACAGAUCUACUACCUGAAGAGAUUUUGUAGUGCCGUAGAGUGCAGACGUCUGGGAAGUAUAGUUCGAAAGGAAAAGCUCUGCGGUUCUCCUUUGCGCACGCGCAUUUUUGUCCGGCGGCCUGGCGGCGGCGGCGACAACAAAUAUCCCUGCGAUAGGUGUUCCCUUUGCCUGCAGUAA